AUGGCGGAAUUGGCGUUUCAGAGUCAAAUGCACUUCGCUUGCUUCUACGCGUACGUAAAGUUGAAAGAACAGGAGGUGCGCAACUUGGUGUGGAUCUGCGAAUGCAUCAAUCGUGUGACUGCUUUCAUGCAGCCCUUGGUGACUAGACGCUCGUUUUCCACGAUACCGAUCUUUAAUCGAGGAACCAAGAGGCAACAGCGGAACAACAUCGCGCUUUUGGACAAUAGUAACGAGUACGAGUAUCUUCAGGACGAGGUCGCUCGUCGCCUCGUCGAUCGCUUGGAGGAUAUUGAGCGCGAGUUCCCAUUGGCACUGGACUUGGGGUGUGGCAGUGGCCACCUAUACAAGAACCUGAGCAUCGACCACGGGCUAGGAGGCAUCAAGAAGCUGGUCCAGUGCGACUCGGCGGAGAAAUUGCUUCUACGCGACAACUUGGAGACGAACACCUUGCUGGAGACAACACGUCUGGUAGCAGAUGAGGAGUUCCUUCCAUUCCCGAGCCGCCACUUUGACUUGGUAAUGAGCUCACUAAGUUUGCACUGGGUGAACGAUCUUGAAAGCACGUUUCACCAGGUGCUAGACACGCUGAAGCCCGAUGGUGCAUUCAUUGGUGCGGUGCUGGGAGGAGACUCAUUGCAGGAACUGCGGAGUGCCUUUAUCCUUGGCGACCAAGAGCGUCAAGGCGGCAUUUCCCCCCACAUCUCUCCAUUCAUGAACGUCGCUAAUGCUGGCAACCUCUUGUCGGCUACGGGGUUUAACUUGUGCACUGUGGAUACGGACUUUAUCCAAGUGGACUAUCCAAAUGCCUUUGUAUUAAUGGAGCAUCUACGUGGCAUGGGUGAAAAUCACGCCAUAAACUCGCGAGGAGCUCCUGCCACGCGAGACUCGCUGCUUGCGGCUGCCUCAAUCUAUCAAUCCAUGUUCGGCCAAUCGGACGGCACGGUACCUGCUACGUUUCAGGUUAUCUACCUCAUUGGUUGGUCUCCACAUGAAUCGCAGCAGAAGCCACUGCGUCGUGGCUCAGCACAACACUCGCUCAAGGAGCUCAGCCAUGGGUGA